AUGUCUAUUGACUUGGGUGCGGCUAUUUAUAUCGCCUUAAAACCGAUCCUCAAGAUAUAUACUAUCAUGGGUGUCGGAUUUCUACUGGCAAGAUACAAUAUUGUAACGAUGGAGAUCGCCAGAGGUGUUUCUAAUAUGGUCGUUAAUGCGAUUUUACCAUGUCUAACUUUUAACAAGAUUGUCAGUAAUAUUUCAGAUGAAGAUAUCAAGGAAGUCGGUGCUAUUGCAUUAUCUGCCCUUAUACUGUUUGCAUUAGGGACAAUCUGUGCUCUAGCCACUAAAUAUGUACUAAAAGUACCUAGACAAUGGUCUUGGGGGCUGCUUUUCGCAGGGUUCUUUCCCAAUAUUUCUGAUUUACCUAUUGCAUAUGUACAGAGUAUGACAAACGGUAAAGUAUUUGCACCAUCAUCAGUGGACAAGGGUGUUGCUUACUGUUGUAUAUAUCUUAUGUGCCAAAGCUUUUGUAUGAUGAACUUUGGUAUGUGGAGAAUUGUAGGAUUGGACUUUAGGCAGAGCUGGGAUGAGGAGAAUUUCGAGGAAGAUGAUUCUAACGAAACUGUCAUGGAUUCGAAGGUUAGAAGUCAAGAAGAGUAUGAAAUGGCCAGUGUAAAUUCUGUUGAAGAAGAUCAGAAUUCCACUUCACUCCCUCAAGGUCCAUCUGCAUGGACCCGGCGGCGAUUACCGUCAUUGCAAACUGCUCAUGUGAAAGAAGAGUCUCCUUCACUCAAAGUUUAUAAGACCAGAACAGUGGAUACAGAAUUGCAUAGUGGGAAUCAUCUUAAUAGGCACAAGAGUAGAAGAUCUUCUAUGAAUGAUGUGAUUAAUGAGUACAGCGCGGUAGAUCAAAUAAGAGAUGGAGAACUGGAUCUUUCAAGACCAUUAACGAUAACCGAAGAGUUGGGUAACAAGAAUUUUGCAAUUGGCCGCAGAUCUACAGAUCAUCAAUCUGAAAAAAUGGCAACCACUUCUCCUACUACGUCGACGACUAGUGCUGGCGGUAGUGAUGGUAAUAAACUUCAGAGAUUCCUAAAAAAGUACAAAUUAAGUUGGUUGGCCUAUUUUCUAAUCAACUUUAUUAGGCCUGCAUCUUUGGGAGCUUCGUUAGGGAUUAUCGUUUCUAUGAUCCCGUGGGUUAAGGCACUAUUUGGGCAUACAAACGUCCAUGUUCAUAAUGCCCCCGAUGGCGAACCUGUACUCAACUUCCUUAUGGAUUUCACAUCAUACAUUGGCAAUGCAUGUGUUCCCCUAGGGCUUUUAUUAUUGGGAGGGACCCUUGCAAGGCUACAAGUAAAGAAAUUACCACCAGGUAUCUUAAGGGUCGCCAUUGCCAUGACAGUCUUAAGAUUAAUGGUUAUACCAAUUGUUGGUGUCGCCUGGGCAAACAAGGUCUACGAUCUACACUGGAUAGAUACGCCAAUUGGUAAAUUUGUCAUGAUACUUACCUGGUCGAUGCCCAGUGCGACUGCACAGGUCUACUUCACAGCAUUCUACACGCCAAUACAAGGUUCGCAUAUCCAAAUGGAUUGUCUAUCCGUCUUCUUUAUGAUGCAAUAUGCGGUAUUGUUCAUAACAGUACCAUUCGUCAUCACAUACACUUUGAAGAAAGACCUAAACUACUAA